CAUGGCGAGCGAUGGAGUACGUAUCGAAGCUACCUGGAACCAGUAAUGAAGAGGCGUUCAAACCUUCGCGUGGAAACAUUCGCUACUGCUCGAAAAGUUCUGCUAGAAACAUUUCAGACAGGCCCGAGGGCAGUUGGUGUGGAGUACGAAAACGCGGCAGGCCAGGUUGUUCAAGUGAAAGCAUCAAAGGAGGUCAUUGUUAGUGCCGGGGCCCUGCAUAGUCCCCAACUCUUAAUGCUCUCAGGUAUCGGACCAUCACAUCAUCUCAAGAACCUAAAUGUUGACGUGGUAAGCGACCUGCCAGUUGGCGAGGGCUUGAUGGACCACCCAGACGUCCUCGGUGUUCAGUACAAGUGCGGCCCGCCCCUGUGCGUCCACGACUGGGAGACCCGCGAGGAAGACCUACGCCAGUACAACAGCAGCCGCGAGGGGGCCCUGGCUGCCGCCAACAUGCUCCAGCUGAUGGCGUUCCUGAGGUCGCAUAAGGCGAGGCCCUGGACGGGGCACCAGCCGGACCUGCAACUUAUCUUCCUCGGCAAUACCCAAACAGAAGUUAUUACACCGUCAUGCCUGCUGAUGGAUUCGUGGCGGCUCAACCGUGUGAUAGUUUUGGUGUCGCUCAUGCGGCCCGAGAGCCGAGGCUGGGUGCGCCUGAACGCUUCGGAUCCGCACGCGGCGCCACUCGUCAAACUCAAUUAUUUCGGCGACGACCAGGGCCACGACCUGGACACCGUCGUAGAGGGAUUGCAGUUCGCUCUCCGUCUCGAGGCGCCACUGCGAAAGACGGGACUCAGCCUUGACAAGACCAACAACCCGCAGUGCGCUCGAUUCCCCAUGGGCUCUGAUGGCUUCUUGCGCUGCUUAGCGCGGACUAGCACGGUGACAGCGUGGCACUGGAGCGGCACCUGCCGAAUGGGGCGUGCGAACGAUCCAAGGGCUGUCGUGGACUCGCAGCUGAGGGUCCGCGGUGUCAGCGGGCUCCGCGUCGUGGACGCCUCUGUGAUGCCCUACAUCACCAGCGGCAACACGAACGCGCCCACCAUCAUGCUGGCCGAGGUCGCUGCAGAUCUCAUCAAGCGUGCACAGUCGUAAGGGUGUACCCUUGUAAAAUAAAGCUAACCAUACCAACAUAUGGGCUUAAAAC